UAUCCCUACCAUCCUACAAUACUCACCAUGCCACCACCAAAAACCCACCCAGUCAUCCUCUCCCCCUCCACCAUCACCACCCUACCCCCAGAAUCCUUCCCCUCCCCCUCCCACGGGCACCUCACCUGGCGCACCCUCUUUACGCAACCCAACACCCCCACCAGCGACCUUGCCGCUGGAAUAGCCAUCUGUCCUCCGCAUACGGGCCAUCUCUGCGCCCAUCGCCACGCCCAGGCGGAGCUGUACUAUGUUCUGAAAGGUCGAGCGACGGUAACCAUCGACGGGCACCCUCAUCAUGUCGAGAAGGGUACUGCGGUAUUUAUUCCGGGUGAUGCGGAGCACUCGGUUGUGAAUGAUGGUGAUCAGGAGUUCGAGUGGCUUUAUGUUUUUCCGGGUGGGAGGUUUCAGGAUGUUGUUUAUUGCUUCUCGGGUAAUGCGAAGCUGUGAUGGAGAGUAUGGAGGGGCUGGGGUUUGGGGGUUGGGUCUGGUUGCACUCUUGUGCUUUAUUUCUUGUGGAAUGAUACUGGCCUGGUUGAUAAUAGGAAAUAAGAAGAUGAAGA